AUAUUUGACGUGGCAAGAAGUCCGGUAGUGACACAGCUGCUCGUCAUCGCUUCUCCUCCUCCUGGGCUCAGUGGUAUUCAAACCUCCGCAGGUAGCCACCGGUCAGACAGAGGAACCCGCUGCUGCUCACGGCGGCCUGUCCCGGGAGAAGAAGAAUGUGGCUGAUCGUGCUGGCCUCCUUCCUUCACUGUGCCUCGGGCUAUGAUGUGGAUCUACAGAAGCUGGACGGGCUGGCCAAAGCCAGGGUGGAGACAUGUGGUGGAUGACAACUGAAUAGACUCAGAGAGGUCAAAGCCUUUGUGAUGCAGGAUAUUCCUCUUUACCAUAACCUGGUGAUGAAGCACAUUCCUGGGGCUGAUCCUGAGCUUGUCCUCCUGAACCACUACUAUGAAGAACUAGAUCGGAUAGCUCUGUCUGACAUGACCCGCUCUGAGAUUAACGAGCUGCUGGAGAAACUGGGUUUCUACAAGAAAGCUCAACCAGAAGACGAGGUGCCGGAGGAGUUACGUUUCGCUCCCGCCAAAGACAGCCCGUUCAAAGACGACCGCCCGCUCAAAUCAUCUAUGUCCACUGUAGACACAGAGAACGCCUCCUCAGAGUCUAAUCCAGAGGUCAAGCACACAGACCUAUAACCGUCAAGAAUUGGCAAAAGUAGAAACGGUCCCUCCGGACCGCUCCACAACCAGCAGAUUAUCGUAGUUCACUCUUGGGGAAAGAACAAGGGAAACAACCACACAAGCUCUUUAUAGUUGAGACAUUUUUUUUUCUAUCCCUCGUUUCUUUCUUUUUUGUUGUUUUAGAACAUAACUAUAAAUGUAGUUUUGUACUGGAAGUGUUUCAUGUUCAAUCAUCUCUUCACUAUCCCCUGAAUUUCCAUCUCAUUUGAGUAAUUUCGUGCUUCCUCCUCCCUGCUGUGAACCUGAAUGAAGCCUCAGGUGAAAAGUCGUCUGACGGGCCUGAGGCUGAUGCUGCUUGUUCUUGGUGGGCUUGGUGGACGCACGUAAAGACUCAAGUGGAAAAGUUGUGAAUGAAAUAAAAUAAAAUAAAAAUUGCCUUUAAUGA